CGAUCACACACAUGAAAGGAAACGGAUUGAAGAAAUACUUCCAAACUUGAUGGAAAUGUCCUUCGAAGGCACAAAAAAGAAACGAGUCAUUUUUACAACUAAGGAUCUCACAAAAUUUCAACUUCAAUCCAAUGAAGUUCGUGACAUUAUCAUCAAGGUACCUGGGAAAAACAUGUUCAACCAACAUCUCAUGGAGGGAGACCAUCUGAUGUUCUUCAGCCAUCAAGUCCUUCAAGAAGUUUUAUCCGCUCUCUAUAUUUCAAACAUGGAUUCUACUACGUUUCGCAAAUUUAUCGAAACUGAGUUCCGAGAUGAUCAUUGGGCAGUUGUUCGCCAUCUAUUGGGUGGAAUUAUUCUGAAUCCUGAUAUUGAAAGUAGUCUCAUAACAAACUUUUCUCUGAUGCCAGACAAGAUGAGAAGAAAAAAAUUCUGAGAGAAUUUCUAUCAUCUCAGUCACAUGAAGUAAUGGAAUCAUAUCAGGAGUUCGAGCUGUAUGGAACAUUAUAUGAAGCUAACAACACCGAUCUUAUUCAAUCCUGCAUCAGGGAGAUUGAUUUUGAGGAAGAACUCUUCACUACAGCAGGAAUGCAUGUAAUGUCAUCAGAUAUACGACGCUGCAACCACCUAACUCGGGUUUGUCUAUACGACUGCAAUCUCAAUGCUGAACUGGUUCAUAUCCUGAAGUCAAAUUUGGAAGGUUCCUGUUUGAAGUUGGAUGAACUAGAUGUCAGUGAAAACAGGGAUAUUGGACCUGCUGGUUGGGCUGAAGUUGGAUUAGUUGUUACACAAUGUCAGGUGAAGGUAUUCAAGGCUCGGUAUUGCAAUCUGACAGCAGAAGGAAUGAAAGCAUUCAAGGAAAACACUGGCAAUGCAAAGGAUAAGUGAACAUCUUUAUGACGUCAUACACUAAACAAAACAUUCAGCAUUCAGGGCUUGAAAUGAGCAUAUGACAUCUGAACGAGUUUGGUUUACGCAUUAAUAGGAGUUAAACUCACAAAAUAAAUGAACUUCAAUGCCUUGCAUUUUGCUAUUAAGAUAUAACAUUGGAUUAUAGCUGACGAACCGGCA